AUGAAGAUCACCAGCACCUUGUUACAGACCACAGGUCUUUUGUUGUCUCUUGGUCUGACAACUGAAGCUAGAUCUGUUGCUCCAAGUCCAGCAGCUAAGGGUUACUCGCGAAGUGAGCUAUGCAAACCACAUCAGCCAUUCAAGCCUCUUCCGUCCAGCCCGCCCCGAACCAAGACUUGUCACGUAUCCAGCUAUGGCGAUGACUCGCGGGAUGACUCCAAGUUCAUUCUUUCUGCGCUGAAGGAAUGUAACAAUGGUGGAAAGGUUGUGUUUGAUGCGGAUAAAUUUUACACAAUUGGCACUGCAUUGGAUAUGACUUUCCUGAAACAUAUUGAUCUUGAUAUCCAAGGAUACAUUAAGUUCACAAAUGAUACGGAUUACUGGCAAGAAAAUGCUUUCUACCAGACAUACCAGAAUGCCACCACCUUCUUCCAGCUGGGAGGAGAGGACGUCAAUAUCUACGGCAACGGCACUAUCGAUGGAAAUGGCCAAGCUUGGUACGACCUGUAUGCCGUGGAUGACCUCAUCCUCCGACCUAUUCUUGUCGGAAUUAUUGGUCUGAAUGGAGGUACAAUUGGUCCCAUUAAUCUCCGCUACUCGCCCCAAUGGUACCACUUCGUUGCCAACUCCACCGACCUGUUGUUCGAUCAGAUCAAUAUCGGAGGACUCAGCAACAACAAUAUCACUGCUUCAAACACUGAUGGAUGGGAUAUCUACCGCUCAAGCAACAUUGUCAUUCAGGACUCUAUUAUCAUCAACGGUGAUGACUGUGUCUCUUUCAAGCCCAACACCACGAAUGUUGUCGUACAAAACCUCUCCUGCAACGGCUCCCACGGUAUCUCCGUUGGAUCUCUGGGACAGUAUGAGGGAGAAGUUGACAUUGUCGAGAACAUUUACGUUUACAACAUCUCUAUGUCGAAUGCAGAGAACGGUGCGCGCAUCAAGGUUUGGCCUGGUGUUUCUUCAGAGCUCUCUGCAGAUCUGCAGGGUGGAGGUGGCUCAGGAAGUGUCAAGAACAUCACCUACGACGGGAUGUACGUUUACAAUGUCGACUAUCCCAUCGAUGUCACCCAAUGCUACGGACAAAGCAACCUCACUCUUUGCAACGAAUACCCCAGCAGCCUCACAAUCUCCGAUGUGUACUUCAAGAAUAUCCAUGGUACAAGCUCAGGCGCCUACAACCCUGACGUUGGAACCAUUGUUUGCUCGAGCCCAGAUGUCUGCUCAAACAUCUACGCCUCCGAUAUUUCUCUCACUAACCCAACUGGUGGUGAUUACAACGUCUUUUCUUGUGCCAAUGUUAAUGAGACCCUUCUGGCUGUCAACUGUACCUCAACUUGA